AUGGCAGCUAUGUCUGUGGCAGUUUCUGAGCCGGGUAAUACCCAGCUGUUCUUCCAUCACUCGGAGAAACGACAGUUCCGAUGGAUCAAUGUUGUCUAUAUUCUCGUUAUGGGUCUUGGAUCUAUAGCAUAUGGCUACUCUGCUUCGGUCAUCUCCACGACUCUUGUCCAACCUGGUUGGAUCGCAUCAAUGGGUCUGGCUGACCGAACUGACGCCAAAGACUUGAUCGGUCUUACUGGCAGCAUGUAUCAAGUUGGCGGGCUCAUUGGUACAUUCACGAUGUCUUACUUUUCAGACCGCUGGGGCCGCCGGGUCGGCAUCGCAAUCCCAACAACCAUCACUGUUAUCUGUGCGGCACUGCUCGCCGGCAGCGUCAACAUAGAGAUGUUCAUCGCCUUCCGAUUCUUCGCUGGUAUGGCAGCAUACAGUCUGGUGUCCGCGGUCCCUGUCUGGAUCAGUGAGGUGGCGCCUCCCAGCGUGCGAGGCAUCUUUGUUGAUCUUCACGCAACUAUGCUUCUCAUCGGCUACAUGACGGCAGCUGCCACUGGAUAUGGGUUCUGGUUGAGGAAUACCUCCGCAUCCUGGAGAGGUUUGCAAGCUGUCAACAUUAUUCCCGCAGUGUUGCUCCUCAUGGCUUUGCCAUUCCUGCCAGAAUCGCCUAGGUGGCUUCUCAUGCAAGACCGCCGUGACGAGGCAGCAGUGGUGUUGAAAAAGCUGCAUAGCCCCGAGGAGGCCGAAGUCGAAUUGGUCCAGAUUGAAUACCAGGUCAGGAUUGAUCGAACGCUGCCAUCUUCUUACUUGGCUUUACUUAAACAACCAAGUUAUCGAAAGAGAGCUAUUCUCUCGUUCGGAACAGUAGCAUGCAUUCAAAUGACAGGCCCACUUGUUUUAAACAACUAUGGUCCUACCAUCUAUGGCGCACUCGGAUUCAAUGUUAACCAACAAUUCAUCUACCAAAUUGGUUGGCUCGCAACCUCUGUGGGCGCUUCACUUGUCGCCCUUCUACUUGUGGAGCACUUUCCCCGUCCCAAGCUCAUGGCAUUCGGCAUCCAGUUCUGUCUGAUUUGUCUUGCAUGCGAGGCUGCUCUGGUCGCGACAUAUGCCUCUCCAAAGGCGCUGCUCACACCGAACCAACCAGCACUCAGGGCCGCAGUGGCCAUGUUGUUUGUGCAUAUUACAUCGUUCCAGGCUUGCCUUGAUGGUACAGAAUUUGUAUACAUAUCCGAGAUUUGUCCAACCCACCUUCGCGCGAAAGGGAUUGCGCUAGGCAUGGCCGGUCUUUGUGUGAUGAACAUUAUCUGGCUUCAAGCUGCACCGACUGCGUUUGCAAACAUUGGUUGGAAAUUCUAUCUUUGCUUCAUCAUCCCAGGGACAAUUGGGGCAGUCUGGAUGUUCCUCUGGUUUCCAGACACAAGAGGCUUACCUCUGGAAGAAGUUGCCGACAUCUUCGGUGAUCGUGGAGAGCUUUAUGGAACCAGCCAUCAAGUCGACAGUGCCCUUCCGCAAGAUAUCGCUCAAUCAGUCACCACUGAAAACAAGGUUCCUGAUUUGAACCACGUUGAGAAGGUGUGA